AUGACAAGCUCUAGUGCCGAUCCGAUCCUGCUUUCGCUAUUUGCGAACCGCUUCAUGGCAGUGGCAGAGUCCAUGGGCCGCUCGCUGCAGCAGACGUCCAUUUCGACCAACAUCAAGGAACGGUUGGAUUUCUCCUGCGCGAUCUUUGCGCCGGACGGCUCCCUGAUUGCGAAUGCGCCGCAUCUGCCAGUCCACUUGGGCAGCAUGAGCUUUGCGGUCAAAUGGCAGGCGGAGAACCUCGCGAAGCUUGGUCAGGGCGCCUUUCAGCGUGGCGAUGUGGUGCUGACGAACCACCCCGUGGCUGGCGGAAGUCAUCUCCCUGAUAUCACGUGUAUCACGCCUGUAUUUGCUCCAGACCGUGAUGAGAUUAUCUUCUUUACGGCGAGCCGUGGACACCAUGCGGAUAUCGGCGGUAUUCUCCCAGGCUCCAUGCCCCCGACAAGCAAGAGCCUGUUUCAGGAAGGUGCGCAGAUCCGCUCGUUCAAGAUCGUGUCAAAGGGCGUGUACGACCGCGACGGCCUUGUUCGUCUGCUGGUUGAUGAGCCGGCAAAGUACCCGGGCUGCUCAGGCACGCGCUGCUUCCGUGACGUGGAGAGCGAUCUCAAGGCACAGAUUGCCGCGAACCACAAGGGCAUUCAGCUGAUCAAUGAUCUCGUGGACGAAUGGGGUCUGCAGACGGUUCAGGACUACAUGUUGCAUAUUCGUGACAAUGCCGAGCUGGCCGUGCGCAACCUGCUGCGCCGCGUCGCCAGGCAGCACGCCUCGACUGAACUGCAUGCCGUCGAUUACAUGGAUGAUGGCACGCCGAUCGAGCUGCGUGUAACGAUCGAUCCUGACGCGGGCUCUGCUAUCUUUGACUUUGAGGGUACAGGCCCUGAAGUCAAUGCCAACAUCAACUGCCCACCCUCCGUGGCCUUUAGCGCGAUUAUAUACGCCCUGCGCUGCAUGGUAUCGGAAGACAUCCCCCUGAACCAGGGCUGCUUGGCCCCCAUCGAUGUUCGCCUGCCUUCCGGCUCGCUCUUGCGUCCAUCUGAGACGGCUGCUGUCGUCGGCGGCAACGUGCUGACAAGCCAGCGUAUCACAGACGUGGUCUUCCGUGCCUUUGAAGCGGUGGCUGCGAGCCAGGGCGAUUGCAACAACUUGACCUUCGGUACUGGCGGCAACGAUGAGAAUGGCAAGCUGAUUGAAGGUUUCGGGUACUAUGAAACCAUUGCUGGCGGUUCGGGUGCAGGUCCUUCAUGGAACGGUACGAGUGGUGUUCAUACACAUAUGACGAACACACGCAUUACUGAUCCGGAGAUCUUUGAGCGUCGCUACCCUGUCUUUUUGCGCCGCUUUGGUUUGCGCGAAGGGUCCGGUGGCGAUGGUCAGUACCGCGGUGGUGAUGGUGUUGUGCGUGACAUUGAGUUCCUUGAGCCUGGUAUCCAGGUCAGUAUCCUGUCGGAGCGCCGUGUCCAUCGUCCCUAUGGGCUGCGCGGCGGUGAGCCCGCUCAGAGUGGCUUGAACCUCUGGGUAAAGAGGCGCCGUGAAGAAGAUGGCGAUAUGAUUGCAGCUGCAGAGGAUGGCACUGUGCCGCCUCGUGUCAUCAACAUGGGCGGAAAAGCCACCGCUCGAUUCGGUGCAGGCGAUCGCAUUGUCGUCCACACGCCGGGUGGCGGUGGUUUCGGUCCAUCGACCUCCAAAGACAGCGACACCUCAUCCGAGGCGCGCCAAGCACGUGUGCGCAUGCCUCAUCGUGGCAGCUUGGCCAACUGGCACGCUCUGCAGCUUGGUGCAUAG